GCAUCACUUCUUCAGGCAUGGCGUGGCUCCAUCAGAGCCGAGAGUCUCCCCGGCUGGUCCUGGUGGUGGUGUGUGUGGCUCUGCUGCUCGACAACAUGCUGCUAACUGUGGUCGUGCCAAUCAUUCCAACGUUCCUCUAUGCCAUGGAGCAUCCCAGUCCAGAACCACAGACUGCCCUGCCAUCCCAGCUGACUCUAACUGGUCCCGGGGAAAGUCCCCUGGACACCCGACCCCGCUACGGUUCACCAGCCCUGGGUACGGAGCCCCAGCGGAGCCCCCAGGUGCCUCCACCCUCUUUCUCAUCUCUGGUGUCCCUGUUUGACAACACCACCUUCACCCUGCAUGAGAUCCCAGCUGACCCGACCCCCGACACGGAUUCAAUGGGUCAGACCAGCCCGACCACAGAGCUGAACGCCAACAAGACUGCCAAUGGCACGGAGUCCUCCUGUCUUCAGGACAGCAUGUUUCUCGAGAAUGAGAAUGUUCGUGUUGGUUUGCUGUUUGCCUCCAAGGCUAUUAUCCAGUUGCUCAUCAACCCGUUCGUCGGUCCACUCACCAACAGGGUUGGCUAUCACAUCCCCAUGUUUGCAGGUUUCUUCAUCAUGUUUGUGUCCACCAUCAUGUUUGCCUUCUCAGGGACCUACGCUCUGCUGUUCUUCGCUCGUGCCCUGCAGGGAAUUGGUUCCUCCUUCUCAUCUGUCGCAGGUUUGGGCAUGUUAGCCAGCGUGUACACCAAUGACGAGGAGCGAGGCAUCGCCAUGGGCGUCGCACUGGGAGGACUGGCCAUGGGAGUCCUGAUUGGAGCUCCAUUCGGUAGUGUGAUGUACGAGUUUGUGGGGAAGAGCGCCCCGUUCCUGAUCCUGGCCUUCUUGGCUCUGUUUGAUGGAGCGUUGCAGCUCUGCAUCCUGCAGCCCUCAAAGAUCUCGCCUGGCAGUGUGGAGGGAACGCCAUUGCUGACGCUGCUGAAAGAUCCGUACAUCCUCAUCAGUGCAGGCUCUCUGUGCUUCGCUAACAUGGGCGUGGCCAUCCUGGAGCCCACUCUGCCCAUCUGGAUGAUGCAGACCAUGUGCUCCCCGAAAUGGCAGCUCGGUAUGGCCUUCCUCCCUGCCAGUGUGUCCUACCUGAUCGGAACAAACCUCUUUGGAGUUCUGGCCAAUAAAAUGGGACGGUGGCUCUGCUCCAUGAUAGGAAUGUUCAUCGUUGGAGUCAGCCUGCUGUGUGUUCCUUUUGCCACCAGCAUCUACGGCCUGAUUGGCCCGAACGGCGGUCUGGGUUUUGCUAUAGGAAUGGUGGACUCGUCCAUGAUGGCCAUCAUGGGCUACCUGGUGGACAUCCGCCACGCCUCCGUCUACGGCAGCGUGUACGCCAUCGCUGACGUAGCGCUGUGCAUGGGCUUCGCUAUAGGGCCGUCCACCGGUGGCGCACUGGUCCAGGCAGUGGGCUUUCCCUGUCUCAUGGUGUUUAUUGGGGUGAUCAACAUCCUGUACGCCCCGCUCUGCUUCCUGUUACGUAACCCUGCUGUCCGAGAGGAGAAGAUGGCCAUCAUUGACCAGGAGUGUGUGAUGCACAGGAAGAGCUACAACACACACCAAGAGAGUCGCGAGUUUCCACUGAGUGACUACAGCGAGGAAGAAGAGACAGAGGAGUAAAAAACAUGUCCAUGUGGUUAUUUUAUCUGCAAACAUACUUCCCUUUCAUGUCAGAGCAGACAUCGAGACUGUCUUAGGCAGACGCCAUUGUUGCUUAGUAACCUGAAAGGUUUUGGUCCACGUCGCGAUUGAGCGACGUUUCUCUGGCUCGUGUGCACCCAAACAUGUGCAGAGUUACUGAUGUAAUCACAUUUAUGCAGAUUCCUUUAAAUGAUGCUUGUUUACCCGACGCUGACAGCGGGCUUAGCCCCGCCCCUUUGUGAAGUUUGCAAA